UUAUAUAGCAGUGUUCACUAAUUCAAGAUGGAGAGAGAGAGUGAUACGAGCUCGAGUUCUGAUGGUGAGACUGGGUUUGAUAAUCAAGACAGCAACAGCAGUACAAGUAAUAUAGCAGGGAGUGCGAAUUACUGUUAUUCUCGACCUAGAAAUUUAAAUAUGUUUGCGAACGAUGGAAGCUUUCUUGAAAUGUUUAAAAAAAUGCAAGAAGCAUCACAAGACCAAAAACUUGAAAAAGGAGCUGAGGACCUAGGCCUAACUGGGAGCGAAGGAGAAAGUUCUCAAGAUGGCGAAAAGAAAAAAACUCAAGAAAGGAAAGCAGGCCCUACAUUUGUAAGAGAUGUGAGUAAGAGACGGGGUGGAAAAGUCCUUAAGACUGGCAUGGUCAAGAAACUGAAAGUUGAACCUGAGAAAGAGGAGGAAAAGCCCACAGAUGCAUGGUCUCGUUAUUUGGCUGAAGUGAAGAAAUACAAGCAGCAUGCAUGUGAAGACGACAGCAAAACGAGGCCUUUAGUAAAAUAGUGAAAAACAGUUGUUGUGGUAGCAUUGUACAACAUUCCUGAAUCAUUCAGGAAAACAUAUGUAGAAUAUGUGGCCUGACAUUAUAAAUUAAUAGUUUUUUUUUUUCACAGAACACAUUUUUGGAGACUCCAGUUGUACCAGUUACUUUCAUUUUAAGUAUCUAUAUACUUAUAGUAAAGUUCUAUAAAUUUUAACAUUCCCAUUUUAUCUCUUAAACCUAAAAUACAUUCACCACUGGGAGAACUUUACAAACUUUUUUUUUUGUAAAUACACUGACAGACACAAAAAAAUGUAUAAUAAUAAUCCUCAAAUUUUAAUGGUAUCUCAGUUAUUUAGGUAAUGUAAUAAUGACAGAUAUAAAAUCUUGUUUCUUGUAAUUUUUUUUACCCAAGUGUCUCAUUAUGUGUAUUUGACCUUUUUUUGUGCAAUUAAAUUUGUCUUAAACAUACUGUAUUUGUAGAUUUGUAAUUUAAAAUAAAACAUUUUGAUACA